UGUCACACAAACAAGUGGAAAAGAUAGCGGGAAAACAAGACGUCAAUUGAAUUUGAUUUGGUGAAAACACCGUUCUGUCUGGAACAUGUGACGAGACCAAUGAUUAAAUUAUUUGUUUGGAUUGAGAGAGUAGAUAGUUUGUGAUACUACAGAGAAAGGACAUUGGCAGGGUUGUAGGUCGAGCACACAAUACUACUCAGUCGUGAUGUUGGUUGUGUGGCACGAGGACAAAUACGAAGAAGAAAAAAAACUGCAUCGUCAUUAAUGUGUCACGGAAGAUCAACUGUGAACCAAAAUCAAAUGAUUUCAUCAGCAGUUGGAUAAAGUGUGGGAAUAGGACUAUUUAUUAUUGAUUCAUGAAAGAAAAAAAGGGUUCCUUCAAUUGGGUGAACUUUCUGAUUUCCAUAAUGAUGGAUUUUGGACUCGGAGGCCUCAGGGGUGUAAAGGUUACGGAACCUGUCUGUACUAUCCCAAAAGGUAAACAAAUGUGCUAGCCUUGAGUAAAGUCCAAUGGGGAUCACACGGUGGCUGAGCAGAGGGGACUGAACCUGGCCUCAACCGAACCAACAAGAAAGACCGAACACUGCAGACUCGGAGCAUCACUCUCAGGCUCUCAGGUCGAGGCUGUGAUACCAUGGAUCUUUUCCAGAGCUGGGGGGUCGAGCUGGCGAUCCAUCUGCAGAGCAGAUACAGCAGCUACGAGGGCUUGUUUAAUCUGGCGUCCACAGUGGCCGAUCUGCACACCGCGUACUUCUGGUUGUUCCCAGUGUGGUUUCACCUGCGGAGGGACACGGCGCUCAGGCUCAUCUGGGUCGCUGUCAUCGGCGAUUGGCUCAACUUGGUGCUGAAAUGGGUUCUUUCUGGGGAGAGACCCUACUGGUGGGUUCAUGAGACGCAGUUCUAUGGAGGAGGAGCAGUCCCUCCUCUGCAGCAGUUCCCCAUCACAUGUGAGACUGGACCAGGAAGUCCUUCAGGUCAUGCUAUGGGGGCAGCUGGCGUCUGGUUUGUGAUGAUAACAGCGCUACUCGCUAUUGCAAGAGAGAAUCGAUGCCCCCCGUUACUGUACAAAUUCCUGCAGAUCAGCCUGUGGAUGCUGUUCGGCCUGGUGGAGCUGGUGGUCUGCAUGUCAAGGGUCUACAUGGCUGCACACUUCCCACACCAGGUUGUUGCUGGAGUCAUUACAGGCAUUUCAGUAGCUGUGGUCGUCUCCAAGGAGAAACGGAUCUACAGCGCCAGCAUGAGGACAUACUUCUUCACCACUCUAUUCUUGACCUCCUUCGCCAUCGGCUUCUACCUCUUGCUCAAAUCUGUGGGCGUGGACCUGCUGUGGACCCUGGAGAAAGCCCAAAAGAGGUGCAUCAGGCCCGAGUGGGUCCACAUGGACAGCACGCCCUUUGCCAGCCUCCUGCGUAACAUGGGCACCCUGUUCGGUCUGGGCCUGGGCCUGCACUCACCGUUUCACGCAGGAAUCAAGAAAACAAGUGCUGCUUUCAAGUUAGGAUGCAUUAUUUUGUCGUUGUUCCUGCUUCAGCUGUUAAAUACAUGGACAUUCUCCUCUGAAAACCACGGGAUUUUCUAUACACUGUCCUUUGGAAAGAAUGUAGCUGCACUUUUAAUCCCAACCACUCUGGUGCCGUGGGCUCUCUGCAAAGUGUGCAACGGUGGGAAAGAAGAAAAGAACUUGUGAGAAGGUUUAGACGGCGUUCUGGACAUUAUCUCAGAGGUUAUUGUGUCAGGUCUGGAUUUCAUCUGGAAUAUGUAUUCAAUGUUGCUCACCAGAAGUUAGAUGGUAAGAUGAAAACCACUUUAAUGUCUGCAUAUGCCAGAUACUUAACUCAGCUUUCCAUGUGGUAGUAGAAGGUAAAGAAAAGAGCCACUCGUGUUAAUAAAAAAAGACCUUUUUAUCUAUUGUUAUGACCAUCUUGACUGAGAAAUGUGUUAUUUUUCACCUGGAGAUGUUUUUUCUUGUUUGUUUAUAUGUUUUACCACACACAAUAAACACACAGUAUGAUGUAAA